GGAGGCCACGUGCUGUGUCACCAUUUCCAUGCUCCUGGGUCGGAGUGGGCCCCAGACGGGUUUCCGCGAUCCGUCUUCCGCACCUUUCCGCCAUCCGCACUUCCGCAGCUCCACCAUACAAACGGACGAUGACGCCGAUUAGGGAUCCCAAAGACAGCAAUUACUGAAAAAUUACAGAGAAUCCAAACUGACCAACUCCAGGACCUGUUUUGCAGAAUCUUGGUUGGGGUAACCACAUGCUGCAAUCGGGCAAAGCCCAUCACAAAACGUCAUCUCAAUGCAUCAAUCCGACCCUUGUUUGCACACCUGCACGGACUCUUGUCUAUUGAAUAUUGAACUGUGCCUUACUCCUUACCACCGACUCGACUCGACUGGAUUCCCGGCCCGUGUUGUAUUCGUCAAAUAAAAGAGCUGCCAAGACGACAUCGGACGGUGGCUUACACCUCCUACCUGCACAGCAUUCUGCACCUGUACGCACACCGGCCCUGCCAUCUUGUUAUCAAACAGAAAAAAGCGCCGCUAAUCUGUGCUCGGAAGGACGGACGGAGGCUAGAGGCAUCAUACAGGUAAAACGUCACCAUGAUCUCGGAUCAUCUGGUUCGGCCCAGCUUCUGUUUGUCUGCCCAAGCCCAGUGCCAACUGCCAAAGCCGUUGUUGACCGCUGACCCCCUUGCUGGCCGAUGGGGCAUCUUAUCGAGCCCCCGUUUCUAUUUCUUCUUUACCGAGAUGUUCCCCCUUCUCCUGACCCUUUGCCACCCAUCUCAUCUUCCGCGCUCACCUGAAUCUUGACUACCGCUUCUGGGUUUUGUCUCACUUCAUCCAGUCUUCCGCUCUCACCAUGUCACCCUGCGAGCCACUGCCUGCCACCAAGGCUAGUCACAGUGAUGUUUCUCGCGUCCUAUCAGACGACUUUGGUGUCACAUCCAAUGCUUUCCUUCCAGAACAACAACCUCUCUCGAGGCUUCCAGAUCAAUACUAUGCCCCCUGGGAAACCAUUGUCUCUUCUCUUUCCUGCCACAUUCAACAACAGACUCUCCGCCAGGAGGUAGACAGAUUGCCAGUCCUAUCAACAGACCGUCUGGCCUCAGAAGCCGAAUGGAGACGAGCCUAUGUUGUCUUGGGCUUCCUCACACAUGCUUACGUCUGGGGAGGUGACGUUGCUUCCGAGAUACUCCCCCCACCCAUAACUGUCCCUCUCCUCUCCGUUUCCAGACACCUCUCUCUUCCCCCAGUAGCCACCUAUGCCGCGGUCAACCUCUGGAACUUUUCUUCGGUAUCUCCAACAUCCGACCUCGCUGACCUCGACUCCCUCACCGCACUCCACACCUUCACCGGCACUCAAGAUGAGUCCUGGUUCUACAUGGUCAGCGUCGCCAUGGAGGCCCGAGGCGGUCCCAUCAUCCCCGUCAUGCUCUCCGCCCUAUCUGCCCUCCAACACCACGACCUUCCCGCCGCCACCGAGGCCAUCAACGAAAUCACCUCCUGCAUCCACAAGCUGGGGAUAUUGCUCGACAGGAUGGACGAAAGGUGCGACCCAGAAGUGUUUUACCAUCAGAUCCGCCCUUUCCUAGCAGGCAGCAAGAACAUGGCCGGGGCCGGGCUGCCAAACGGCGUGUUCUAUGACGAAGGACAAGACGGCAAGGGAGAAUGGAGACAGUACCGAGGAGGAAGCAACGGCCAAAGCUCGCUCAUCCAGCUAUUUGACCUCGUGCUGGGAGUUGAGCACGUCGCGCAGGGUAAUGCGAGUCCGGACUCGUACUCGCGGGAGAAGAAGAUGGAGAGUUUCCACAGGGAGGUUAGAGGGUACAUGCCGGAGCCGCACAGGAGGCUUCUUGAGUUUGUUGAGGGGCGGUAUCCAGGAGGAUUGAGGAAAGGUGUGGAGGAUUUGUUGGUGACACCAAGCACAGAGGGAAACGACGGUGAGAGAAGGGAGUUGAGGGAGGCGUUCACGACGGCGACCAAGGCGCUGGCCGAGUUUAGGAAUAAGCACUUGCAGAUUGUGACGCGAUAUAUCGUGAUCCCCUCGAGGAAGGAGAACAAGGCCAAGGGAAGUAACUUGGCGACGGCGUCAUCGAGGCUGGCGGGGGAUGAUGAUAAGAAGCUGACGGGGACAGGGGGGACUGCACUAUUGCCGUUCCUGAAGCAAUCACGGGAUGAAACGUUUCGCGCGGGGGAUUUUUCGCGAUGA